AUGUCUAGAGAAAAGAUCGACAAUCGCCCGGACAGAAUUGGCAGUACCUACAAGAAAGCAAUAUACCGUGGUUACACAGACAAUACUUUUACACAGCCUAUUCCUGUACCUGAAUGGGCAGGUCUUCUCGGGCCACCAAUCAAAGCGGAAGUCGGAGAUAUUGUAUACAUUCACUUUCAAAACAUGGCUACCGGAAGUAACUUCAGCGUUCAUCCGCAUGGUUUUCUUUACAAGAAGAUACAUGAAGGAGCACUUUAUAUAGACGGUACAAGUGGAAAUGAAAAAUUAGAGGAUGCAGUUCCACCUGGAGGCACUGCCACUUAUAUGUGGAAGAUUGGCGACGAACAUGCGCCGACGAACGAUGAUGAUAACUGUGUGGCCUACACAUAUCACUCACACACACGGGCGCCAAAAGAUGUUGACACUGGUCUUGUUGGUGUGGCCGUGCUGUGCAAGAAAGGAACACUUUAUGCUGAUGGGCGGCGUAACGACGUUGAAAAGGAAUUCUACUUUUAUGCCGACGUUACAGAUGAAAAUAACAGUUGGUACUUUAAUCAGAAUUUAAAUAAAUGUGGAAAUCCAAACAAAUGCAGAAGUCUAAAGCUGAAAGUGAACAACGCCAACUUCAUAUUAUUUUUCAGCACAGACACUGCAGUUUUAUUUCCAGCCAGCGUUUACUCCGGCUAUAUGACACCAUUCAAUCCAGGGCGAUGGCUGCUUUACUGCAGAAACCUUAAUCAUUACGGCGGUGGGAUGUCAAGCUUUCUUAGAGUAAUCAAAUACCAGGCGUCAUGUGCAGGCUUUCCACCCCAUCCUCCAGUGAAAAAACCUACUCUGACUCGAACAUAUUUCCUUGCCAUUGAGGAAGUCCUUUGGGACUAUGCACCUGGCUUUGACAACAACAAAUCAAUCGUGGUUUCCAAGUUUUUGAAUCGUGGUAAACAGCGGAUCGGAUCUGUUUACAAAAAAGCAAUGUACAUAGAAUAUACCGACGGGACAUUUACUAUGCAGAGAGCACGUAACAUGCAACAAAUGCAUUAUGGGUUGGCUGGUCCACCAAUCAAAGCGCAACUUGGUGAGAGGGUUGUUGUUGUCGUUUUGAACAAAGCUUUAAGGCCUUUCUCUUUUCUUGCAAACGGUUUGUCAAUGACGAAAGAAAAUGAAGGAGCCUACUACAAAAAUGCGCAGCACGGUCAACAAAUGAAGGGAGCGGUAGUAAAACCUGGAGCAGUCAGAACUUAUAAGUUUGAUGUGACCGAACAUUCUGCACCAACACCUUGGAAUGAAGACUGCAUCACAUAUAUGUAUCACUCCGCGGUUGAUAUAACUAAAGAUAUUUAUACAGGCCUCUUUGGUCCUCUCUUAGUGUGUAAACCGGGAGCUUUGGCAUUUGAUGGAAGUCCGAAUGGUGUUGAUAGAGAAUUCUUUGUAAACUGGAUGGUGAUAGAUGAGAACCUGUCUUGGUAUAUUGAUGACAACAUUGCCAGAUUUACAUCACAGAUGGCGGUGAACAAAACGGAUCAGAAGUUCAAAACAUCUAAUAAGAUAAGAGCAAUCAAUGGACGGACGUUUGGAACAUUGGACGGUUUGCUAAUGUGCACAGGUGAGAACGUAAAAUGGCAUAUGUAUGGGCUAGGCGGGCAGGUCGAUCACCAUCAUUUCAGUUUCGAGGGAAACAAUUUCAAAUUUGACAACAGGAAUCUAGACACAGCCUCAGUAUUCCCAGGGGUUGGACAUUCUGUUACUAUGAUACCGGAUCAAGCAGGACAACUUUUACUGCGCGACGGUCAGCUUGGUUUUGAAUCUGAAGGAAUGUAUGCUUGGUACAAUGUACAGUUUUGCGAAGAAAAAAUGACAUUUAAUUAUCCGACAAAACGUGUACAACACAGAAGCGGAAUGAUCAGGCGAUAUUUCAUUGGUGUCAUUGAGCACAGUUGGGACUACGCAUCGGCAAAGAUAGAUCCAAUUGAUGGUUCUGACCUUCUUAACUCUAAACAUAAAGGAUACGCAUAUGUUCGCAGUGACCCGCCGUUUUUAGGCUCUGUAUACCAUAAAGCGAUGUACGUUGAAUUCACUGAUAACACGUUUUUAAAAAUGAAACAACGAACUCCUGAAGAGAGACACCUAGGAUUGCUUGGUCCAUUUAUCCGUGGUAAUGCCGGAGACGCCAUUGAAAUUGUGUUGAAAAACUUUGCAUCUCAUCCCUACAACAUUGUCCCAAGAAAUGUGAUAUUUAUUGACGGUUCUCCAAUAACAAAUGCCCCAUUCACAAUGCCAGGAGAGACGCGAGUAUACACUUAUGUUAUCCCAAAGAGGUCCGGUCCUACCUUGAAUCAGCCGAAUUGUGUUGGCUCUCUUUACGUUUCAAGAGUAGCGCCUUUAAACGAUACCCAUAGUGGGCUUGUUGGACCUUUCGUUGUAUGUAAGCCUGGUAUUCUUGACUCGUUUGGACGACGAACAGACAACAUCAAGAAAGAAUUUGCAACUGGAUAUAUCAUUUUUGAUGAAAGCAAAAGCAAUUACCGAAAUAUUAAUUUUGGUAUAAUUACGCCAAACUCUUUGAAAAACCCUGAAUUUAUUGAAAGCAAUCUGUAUUAUUCGAUAAAUGGACACAUAUAUGGAAACCUUAAAGGACUUAUAUUAAGUGAAGGAGAACACUCAGCCUGGUAUGUCUUUGGUCUUGGAUCAGUUCAGGAUAUACAUACAGUACAUUAUCAUGGCCAGCUGUACUUGCGUAAAACAUCUUUGAACCUGAAACGUGAUGUUUUAGAAGUAUUUGCAGGAACGUAUGAAACUGUAGAAAUGACUGGACAUAAUCCUGGUACGUGGCUGUUCCAUUGCCACGUAGCUCCUCAUGCGAUGAAGGGAAUGGAAGCGUCUUAUACAAUUUUACCACGAAAUUGGCAAUUUGUACCAGGACAAGGAAGAUAUAAACAAGGUUAUGGACAACAUUCACAUUUCGGUCAACAUGGACACGCUCACGGACAUCAACAUUCAGGACUUAGGUUGCGAGUCAAGUCUAGGUGA